CAAACGUGAGACUGUCUUAGCUUAGACUUUUCCUUAUUAUCAUCAUCAGGUAAAAUCAUCGCGGUUUAUUGGGCUGAAAAUCCGACAGAGCUGUAUCAACGCUAACGACCGCCUAUUUAUUCAUUUAGCCGCUACAGCACAAGCUUUAGUCAUAAACUGGUUAUUUUUGCGUUUUUAUUCAUCUUUAAAAACAUGCAAAAUGCGUUUCGUCGGUUUCCGUGGUUCACCAACGUCUCAAUGUACGGCUGCCUGUUCGCCGGCGGGGACUUUGUCCACCAGUGGUUCUCGCGCACGGACAAAAUGGACUGGACGCACACCAGGAACGUCGCCGUGGUCGCUUUCAGUUUCCAUGGCAACUUCAAUUUCUUCUGGAUGCGCCUGCUGGAGCGGAAGUUUCCGGGCAACUCCGCCGCGAUGGUGAUGAGGAAGCUGCUGCUGGACCAGACCACAGCAGCGCCGCUGGCGACCAGUGUUUUCUACACAGGUGUCAGUCUCCUGGAGGGAAAAGAGGACAUCUUUGAAGACUGGAGAGCAAAAUUCCUCAAUACAUACAAGACGGGGCUGAUGUUCUGGCCACUCAUGCAGCUUCUAAACUUUGCCCUGGUGCCUCUGUAUGUGCGGACUACUUUCACCGGCUGCUGUGCUUUCGUCUGGGCCAUCUUCCUGUGCUUCUCGCAACAGAGCGGCGACGGCACGGCCGCGGCCGCUCUGGCCUGGAUCCUCUCCCCGAAAGAGAAAGAAUGUGAACGCUCAGAGGAGAAAGCAGACGCUGAGGUCACGGUCGAGGCUCUCAAAGGUGGAACAGAAGAUCCUAAAUCUACACAGAACUGA